GCCGGAGCAGCGUACACGGAACGGCAGCCAUCCACUGCACGGACACCGCGGAGCUCCAACCGCUUCAACCCGCAGAAAUGCCUCCCGAAGACCCCUCGCAGCCGCCGAACGCUCAGCCUUGGGCGCACACUGUCCUGUUCCUCCACUGAUAACGGAAUGAACGCGUUAAAAUGGCGAGGUUUUGAGUUUCACUGUCCUGUUUCGCUCGGCGCAGCGAGGCAGCAGAGGUUUCCCCGAAGUUGUCGCACUAGCAGGACGAGGACGCGUGUGAAGGAUCGGCGUUAAAGGAGCAGUACGACCCGUUGCUGCUGCCGCUGCUGCUGCCAUGGAGAACAAGGAGAAGGACAAGGAGAAGGAGAAAGAGAAGGAGCUGAGCGACCUGGAGCGGGACCGGCAGUACUGUGAACUAUGUGGGAAAAUGGAGAACCUGCUGAAAUGUGGCCGUUGCCGGAGCUCCUUCUACUGCAGCAAGGAGCACCAGAAGCAGCACUGGAAGAAACACAAGCUGAGCUGCAAGGAGACGGACAACAAGGCUCAGCUGAAGCAGAAACCCGGGGGGGACGACGACAACAGCAAGCCAGCGAAAGAGGAGACAAACCGGGAAAACGAGAGCCCCGAGCGGGCGGAUCCCUCGAGCACAGAAGCCGAGGAGAAGGAGCCGGAGGACGGCUCCACCAGCCCCGCCAACCCCGCCACUCCCAACGGGCAGAGCAGCAUGGCAUCCCCGCAGAAACUCGCCAUGGAGUGCAUCGUCCCGUGCAUGAACAAGCACGGCAUCUGCGUGGUGGACAACUUUUUAGGAACAGAUGUCGGGGUGGCUAUUUUGGCCAACGUCAAGGCCCUGUACAAGACUGGCAGGUUCACUGACGGCCAGUUGGUCAGUCAGAAAAGUGACUCCACUAAAGACAUCCGAGGAGACAAAAUCACAUGGAUAGAGGGCAGGGAGCCCGGCUGCGAGAAGAUCCUCUUCCUCAUGAAUCGCAUGGACGAUCUGGUCAGACAUUGUAAUGGCAAACUGGGAAACUACACUAUAAAUGGAAGGACAAAAGCAAUGGUGGCAUGUUACCCUGGAAACGGAACAGGCUAUGUGCGCCAUGUGGAUAACCCCAAUGGCGAUGGACGGUGUGUCACAUGCAUAUAUUACCUUAAUAAAGAUUGGACUGCUAAGGAACAUGGUGGCCUUCUUCGAAUCUUCCCAGAGGGAAAGGCCCAGUUUGCCGACAUAGAGCCAAAAUUUGACCGUCUGCUACUUUUCUGGUCAGACAGACGGAACCCUCACGAGGUUCAACCCGCUUUCGCUACGAGGUAUGCCAUCACAGUGUGGUAUUUUGAUGCAGAUGAGCGAGCCAGAGCUAAAGAAAAGUACUUAACAGGAGAAAAAGGAGUAAAAGUUGAACUAGCGAAAUCAUCGGAUCCCAGCUAGUAGAAGGACUGCGUCCCUCAAAAACCAACCAUUAAGUGCUCUGUCCUAAGAAAGUGGCCUCGAGAGAGCGUGGGUUUGCGUCUUACGCCGUAAGACAGCGGACUUUUGCUCGAGUGGGUGGAUCCAUACUUCUGGAGACAAGACAAUUAUACAAUUUUUGUUCAUUUUCAGUUACCUUGGGCAGCCCAGCAGACCUUGAAUGUCAUAACAUUGUACUUAAAGGGAUUGUAUGUUCUUUUCUCUCACACCAUGUUUUUGAUGGAGGAUGCAUUAACAUUACAGCUUACACUUACAGAAAAGGCUUCAAAAAGGAAUUAAGCUCAGAGAAAAUCUUCAUCAUACUCUUAUGUAUUGGUUUUUUCCAGUUUAUUCCGUAAAGGUACAGUGUCCUGCAUAUGCAUCAUGUAUAAUGCCUUUCACGUUCGAAUGGGCUAAAAUAAGCUACUGUAUGUGCUUGAGUUUGCAAUAAUUUGAGCAAUCAUUUGAAUUAAAACACCCUAUUUCUGACAGAA